AUAUUAUGAAAGAGAAGAAAUAAAAACAGAUUAGUUCAGACGGGGUGCGAAUUGAGAUCAGCAAAGCACUGCAGUGUUUUUGCGAUCACCUGACCUGGCAAACACUCAGUGACACCCCACCAAGCAGGAUGAAUAAAGGCUCCGCUGCUAUUAAUGGCCCUGCUAGCCCAGCCCAUGUCAGUAGUGGCUAUGCUAAGUGUGGCCGGAUGAGUAAAAGAGUCCCUGAAGUUAAUUAUGUGAGCCACAGUGCACAGAACGGAGACUGCAAGGGCAUAAGAAGGCCGGGACAGGUCAUAACACAUAGCCAGGAGCCCAGAGAGCUUUCUUUGUUAACACUCCCCACCUCCAGCGUGAACACCAGUUCUCACCAGCGGCGGUGGUCAGCUGACUUUAGUAAGGGUGGGACCUCACCUGUCAUUAUUGUGAAGAAGAACAAGAAGGAGCCACAGCCUCCACAGCGAGGAGUAUCUCUCCCCACACCUCACACGGCGUCGCGCGCUUCAUCCAAACGCUACUCCUGCCCCCCCAUGGGGAACUUUAGCUCACCAAGUCAGUCCUCAUCUUCCUCCUCCUCCAACGCCUCAUCCUGCUCCUCUCCUCCUCCUGUGCAGACAUCAGUCAUCACCGGACAUGACCCUCUAGGCUGGAAGCUGCAUCCCAAGUCCAGCUCCACCUCCCCACGGGCACACACUAAAAGGCUUUCUCUGCAGAUUCCCCUCCCUGUCAUCUUUCCUGACCCCAAUCCUAGUCCCACCCCAACCUCUAAAUCGGACAACACUCCCAAUCAAGACCCCUCCCCGGAAACCAAUCGGCGCCACUCGGACUCCUCAGCCGUCCUCAGAUCUCUGGCAACCCCUGUGCCUGUGGUGACACUUGAGGGGCUCUCUGUCGUGCGUCUCCGCCCUGUCACCCAUUCGGAUGAGUCUAAUGAUGUCUUCAGGGAGGGGAAUGAAGAGGGGGUGAAGGUGACCACCCAGCCAGGCAAAAUGCCGCCGCCUGUCCCAGAAAAAACCUCCAUGGCCAGACAAAUAGCACAACUGAUUGCUCAUUCACGGCAACGCUGUACCCCCAUUACCACUAAAACUACAGUGGAAAACAUUUACACCCCUGUGAUGAAGCCUAAACCCAAACAUUCCCAUCAGACUGUGGACCACAGCAGCCUGCAUGCUCCAAAAAUGGCAGGGCUGCGUCUGGACACCAGCUGCGACAGGGGGAGCGCCACCCCACGCUUCGCUGGCAGAGACACUGAGAGAGGACAACUGAACCUUCAGCAUUCAACCUACAACACCAUUUACUACCAGGCUGUGUGAAAUAUUUCACAGAUAGUACAUGUAUAUCCUUGAAGAUGGAACCCCAUGGCCUAUUUAUCUCAUUUGAAUUUUUUUGUUGUUGUUUUCUUUUGUUUUUGUUUAAAACACACUUUUCCCGCUCCGACCACCAGAGCAAAUGAGUGUUAUCAGGCCAGUAGUCUGUAUCGUGUUGUUUUACCGCUUUACUUACUACAGUCCCCUUGGAUUUCUGCUGUAAAUGUCUUACUGACUCCUCUCUGUUGUGGAAAUGUGGCUUUGUUUGUCAUGUCAGUCACGGAGGAUGUGGGCUUGUGUAGGAGGAAACAAACACUGCAGAUGUUGCAGUUCCCGCUGACUGCUGAUGGAGGUCAUAAAUCACUAAAAUUCCCUUUAAGUUACUGUUGCAUAUUUGCCUGUACAGUGGAUGAAAUUUGCCUCAGUGUUUUGUUGAAAGGAUGUUUACUUAUGAUAGAACAUAUGAUAUUCUUUUUAGUAAAAAAAUAUGUAAUAUGUGUAAUAUAAUAAAUUUGAACAUAUAUGGCUCACUGAUAUUAGUUGAUAAACUAAUCCAUUAAUCAACUGAUCAACAGGAAAUGACUUGAUGAAAAUAAGUCAAAUCUUUUUUUUUUUUGCAGGCAGUUAAUUAUUUGAAGUUUACAUUUUCCGACAUAUAUCCUCUGUCUUUGUAUCAAAUAA